CGGCGUCUUCGGUGCGCGCGCUCUUUCAGCGCGCUGCCACACGCAUUUCGGCGCUCUCGCUUUGCAGUUCAGCAUUCAACGCGUGUAUGCGGACGCCAGCGUGGCGUCCUGUCCGGAUUACGGCUGCGAGUCUGGAGCUGAUUCAAGCAGCAGCUGGAAACAAUGGCAACAGUGAUACUCCCUCCACCACAAGGGCCUGAAAACGAGCAGCGAGGCAUAGAAAACACUUUACGUACUAAAGAAGCACCAGUUUUAUAUGUUCGUCAGCAUCAAAUGUAAUACCUGGAGGACAAGAAGUUCGAUGUGGAUUAUAAAUUCCAGCAGCUAUGCAUAAAAUGACGGCCUCUCACGGUCUAACGAAUCGAAUGGAAGAUGAUUUCCAAAACGGCACCGCCGCCCUUCACAUCAGCGCAAACGCCACUGCUGAUGUCAUCUCCACAAGUGCCGAAGACAUCCUGGGCCCUCGCUAUCACAAGCGCGCCCGCAUCGCAAUCCUCAUCGUCAUGAUCAUCGCCUCUGUCGUCGGUAAUAGCUUCGUCUGCUGGAAGCUCGUUGUCAAGGGGCACCGCCGACGAAUGUCCAAAGCCCGCGUGCUCUUCCUGAACCUGGCCAUUGCGGACAUCCUGGUGGCUUGCAUCACUAUGACGUCGCAAGUGGUGUGGGAGGUCAUGGGCAGAGUGUGGAUUGCCGGCGACGCUUUUUGUCGCCUCUUCAAGUUCCUGCAGACUUUUGCGCUCGUAUCAUCCACGUACAUGUUGGUGGUCAUCGCGCUGGACAGACACAUCGCUGUAGUCACACCACUGGCCCCGAACCCGGACCCCUGGAGACUGGCAGCCUUCACCUGGCUUGCGUCGUGUUUGCCGUCCCUGCCGAAUGUGUACGUGUUCCACGCCGUCCAGGUGGCUCCUGGAAAGUGCUUCUGCGCGUCCAUCUUCUAUGACCGCGGCACGCCGAUCUACCAUCGUCAAGUGUAUAUGGGAUUCGUGUUCUUCAUGGUGUUUGUGGUUCCGCUCGCACUCUUGGUGACAUUCUACACGGGCAUCUUGUGGACCAUUUGGAAGCAUAGCUCCAAGAGUGGCAAUGUUGGUCAGCAAACGGCCUCAUCGCUUCCACUUGCCAAGGUCAAAACGCUGAAGAUGACGGUCGUGGUGUUCGGUGCUUUUCUUGUGACCAACGUGCCCUACAUGGUCCAAGAGGUGAUCUUGGCGUUCGGCAACCCAGGCGUCCUCAACGCCAACGUGGUGGCUCUGUCCGGUGUUAUAUCCGCCUCGAACAGCGCCAUAAAUCCGUACAUAUUUCUGUACUUCCAAAAGACCCGCGGCAGAAGAAGUCGCAGCACAGUCACAUCACUGCUGAAAGGUCUACCCUGCUUCCGUCGCUGGUUUUCUCGUUUCCGGAGAAAGAGCAGCAGCAAGAUGGCGACGCUGACAGUGACCUACUCCUGUCGCCACUCGCGGACGAUGACCACAGCCAAUUGCGAACUGGUAUCCGAGAAGACCUACCUGUAAUUCUUCCUCAUGUCUAAUACUGUGUGAAAGAAAACCUGCUUACGAACCAGCGUCUAAAAGUGAAAAGUUUUUCCACUGCUUUCGACAAAAAAAAAAUAUGGACGGUCAUCUUUGGCCUUUCUCACAGUGGCUCUUCGCAGAAGCCAUCGAUAACUAUCCAGUGCAUAUGGGGCGUUGCGUGUGGAUAGAGGAGGCUCAGUAUUACUCUUCGCAGCAAUGACAGUACCUGCUCAUAUUCAGACACGCCCGAAGCAUCAUCUCUUGGUUUGUUGUAAACAUCGAGCAUGGUUGCUGGUGUUCUGAGCUGAGUCGUGGAGGAUCAUCCUGCUUGUAGCAAACUACUCCAAUACUCGCUCUUGUUCGACCACAGGAAUAAGCUUUUCAAGUGUUGAAACAAGCUAGCAUUUCAACCUGCACAACAUAGAUUGGAUGUGGUGAACAAAGGCCAGUGAUCGCAAUGCAUU